CUGAACUGUCACAUUAUUUGCUGUUUGUUCAUGUCCGCGAGUCUUUUACAAACUGUCCGUCACUGCAGAACGGCACAAGAUAGACAAAAAGCAAUAUUUUCCUUCGUUGUAGCUUGUGUGCGUGUGAGCAAAACAGAGUCACAGGAACAUUAUAUUCAUUUUUGCAAUGUUUAGUUCCCACUGGAUUGGAUCGAAAUGAUACGUGUACGAGGCUGGCAGUAGAAAUUUGCAUGUGACCUAAUUAGAUUCAGCAGUGUAGGGUGCUGUCUCGGCAAAGGUGCGGCGAAAUUAGGUAGUAUACAGGAAAAAAUGAUUCCCUGGGUGCGGGAAAAAAUUGCCGAGCGGAAGGCUCGUUGGCAGCAAUCUAGAAAGCAACAACGGGAUGCUGCAGCAGCAGCUUCUACUACUCCGAGUGGGUCGCCAAGUAGUGGGAGCAGUUCGUCUGUGUUGGCAUCGCCUGCUGGAUCAAGCAAUCGUGGAAGCUCGGCUAGGAAUUUUAGGUUUUCAAGCAAACUUCAUGGACAACAACAGCAGGCAACGACUUCCACGGAUCGAUUGAACUGCUGCAAUGUAGACUCCGGACGAGGCGCGACGGCGAGCUGUGGUGUUACGUCCGGCGAGGAUCAUCAACAGUUCCGUCAAACGAUUCCCCUGAAAAUUAUCAGUCCCCGUGGUGGAAUCGUUGCCCUCGAGAUGUCUCGUGACAGUACUGGAACGCAGUUAAAAACACAGGCCCUGGAAAGUUUUGCCUGUUGUUCCUUCUCUCUGCCGCACUUUUCGUCCGAUUUGAAUGAGCUGGUUGAACGAUACAAACUGAUCAGGGCACGGAACCGGGUGGUGUUUCAGGAUACUGAUACGCUGGAACAGCUAAAUGUGCGUGCUGAAGAAGAGUUCAUGCUGGUGGUGAAACGCACGGAUUUCAUCCCUCCCGAGGAAAGUGUCAAAGGACCGACAAUUUCAGAGGUAUUGGCUGCCACCAAACAUAUCCCACUAUCUCGCAGCAAUCAGUCAACAAGCAACUUGAAUUUGGCUCUAUUACAGACGGAUUUGCAGCAAGACCUCCGGCGAAUAUUAAUUUCGUUGGCACGCGCCUCUGCCUUUGUGAUAGGUUCGGGAGCUUGUGCCGAUAAAUUGAUUGCGUUGUUCAGGCAACGCCUUAUUAACCGUCGCCGGCAUCAGGUGCGCUCGAUAGAAACACUUCUGGAAAUGGGGUUUUCACUGGAUAAAAUACAUCAAGCUUUAGAAAUCACCAAAAACAUCUUCCCAGCUGCGUUGGAUUGGCUGAUACAGAACGAUAGCUCGGUGAAGUUGCUAAACUGUGAUAGAACUAGUCCUUCACCGAAGGAGGUCGGUAACGUGAACAACGAAGCGACCACCAGCAGUAGAGAGCACAACAAUGGUCUUACACAAGACCUUGCGGAACGAAACAUCGAACAACCGAGAAAUACCUCUACCGAUUCGUCAUCAAGAACCCCCAGCCCUACGAACGAAGCAUUAGCGAAACAGGAAGGCACGGACGAGGACACUGAAACGAAAUUUCUAAAUAAAAUUGAAAAUGUUAACACACUGCUGGAUAUCAUACGACAGUAUGCCGAUCGUGAUGUUUAUCCUUCGUCGGAAACGGUAGCGUCAAUUGUUGAGAUGGGUUUCAGCGAAAGGAACGUACGGGAAGCUCUGAUAAUGACUAGAAAUAACCAGGCGGCAGCUUGCGAAUGGUUGCUGGGCAACAGGAGCAAAAGUUUGACUGAGUUAAGGAACGGAAUGUCCACUGAAUCCCCCAUUCUGCAGGUGCUACUAGCUUCUCCUCAAGUACAAAUUAGUUUAGGCAAUCCAAAGAUGUUCAUUGCACUCCUCUCUAUGCUGGAUAACUCGUCAACGAUGACGAUGUGGCUUAGUGAUAACGAAACCUCCGCAGUUCUCGGGCACAUCCUGCGGACGUACCACGAGGAAAAACACAUUGUGGCAAUCAACCAGUUCAGUAAUGCACAAAGCUUUAACUAAUCACUCGCAGUACCUAGACAGAGCAACACUAGCUACUCGAUCUUUAUUUUUGUAUAGGCACAGAGCUAAAUCAAACGAUAUUUAUGCAGAAUAUAACAAAAACUAAAGGAAAUGGACGAUGUAGACAGAACUAAAAGAUUUGUAGUUUGUAUCAGUAGCGGCUUUAGCGCAAAUUCUAGCGUCAAAUAAAGCUAUCUUAAAAC